ACUUCCCAUUGAAAGUAUUUGACGACGAGAAAAUGUGAGCGAGAUGUUGCAGUAAAUGUAACUUGAAUCAUCCUGAAUGGAUUAUUUACUAACAAUUCGAAAGAGAGAUGAUUAUUAUACUCUUUACUCUGUUUUUUAUACUUUUUUACUCAGUGUGUGCACUCAAAGUCAAGUGUGAGAAACACUCACUCCAGUAUGAGUACACCGCCCUUUCCACACCGGACACAUUCUCUGGAUCUGUGUUCAGUGCUGUUAGUGUGUGUGAUGAUAGACAGAUCUCUCACUACAGUCAUGAAGAACAAGACUGGAAGAAAUCAGAAAUCUGGAGAGAUGUUCCUGAACUACAUGAGUCUAGAGACUGGUUUCUACAUCAGGUUAAUAUUCUGUCAAACUGCACAAACUCCAAGUGUUCUGAGCUUCAUGUACUUCAGAGAAGAGCUGGAUGUGAUGUGGAGAAACUUCCUGAUGGAGCAAUCAAGUAUCUGGAGGGGUUUAAUGAGUAUCAAUAUGAUGGAGAAGAUUUUAUUGCCUUUAAUUUUAACACAACACAGUGGAUCAAUAAAAAUCCCAAAGCCAAAGAAACAAAACUGAAGUGGGACCAUCUAACAACAGAAAACCAAAUCAUCAGGGAUCAACUCAAGAACUGCAUGAACUGGAUCUCCACAUUUAAUAAUACUCAAAGAA